UUGCAGUCCGAGCAUGAGCUUCCUCGGGCGGGGAGGAUGUGAGCGUGUGAGCGGUCGAGUCAUCUCCUCCCGCCCACUGACUCCCUCUUCUAUUCCGUCCUUUUUCAUCUUCUCCUUCUCCCCUUCAUCUUCUCCUUCGUCUUCAUCGAAAGUAGGCGACGGUUACCAUGCUUUGAGGACCACCUCCACUGGCGCUCACUCUUUCUCCAUCGUUCUCCAUCUUGGCGCUUCGCGCACAUCGUUUAUUUUUCUGGAAAUGGGGCGUAAGAAGAUCCAGAUCACCCGCAUCAUGGAUGAGAGGAACCGGCAGGUGACGUUCAUGAAGAGAAAGUUCGGCCUGAUGAAGAAAGCGUACGAGCUGAGCGUGCUGUGCGACUGCGAGAUCGCCCUGAUCGUCUUCAACGGCGCCAACAAGCUGUUCCAGUACGCCAGCACCGACAUGGACAAGGUGCUGCUCAAGUACACCGAGUAUAACGAGCCCCACGAGAGCAGGACCAACGCAGACAUCGUGGAGGCGCUGAACAAGAAAGAGCAGCGAGGCUGCGAGAGCCCCGACGCGGCCGACGGCGCCGCCUAUGCCCUGACACCAAACACUGAAGCCAAAUACAAAAAAAUCAACGACGACUUUGACCACAUGAUCAGGAGCCACAAGAUGUCGUCGAGUGUACCGCAGCAAAACUUGGCGCACGUGGAAGGAGGAGGAAGCAGUGACGGGCGAUCGAUGGCCAUGGCGUUGCAUCACGCUCAACCGCACAGGAACAUCCACGCCGCACACAGGUCCACCGGCACCACCAACGCAGGUGACAUGCAAAGCAGUUCUGAUCUGAUGCUGCACAACGGAUCUGGACCAGAAGUGAAUGGCUUUGUGGAAUCAUCUAGAAAAAUCCUCCCGCCCAAAUCGCCGAUGUCAGCACGCAAGUCUGACCUGCGAGUGCUCGUCCCUGCGUCCAAAGCUGGGAUGGCCACGUUGGUACGUGGUGAACCGUGUCAUUCGAGUUCAGCUUUGAGCACACCGGUGGUCUCGAUCAGCACCCCCAACCUGCUCUACAGCACCAUCAAUUCUACAUACAACGAUUAUGAACUGAACAGUGCUGAACUGUCAAGUUUCUCUCCUUUAAACUCCACGACCACAUGGCAACAGAUGACCACCUCACUGGGAGUCUCAUCCCUACCUCCUACCACCAACAACCACAGCAACAUCAGCAUCAAGGACGAGCCCCCCUCUCCGCCUCCCCCCCGUGGCUAUUCAGCUCCUUCCGAGGGCGCCGCUCAGCGGAAUGAGCAUCCUCCGCGCCGUCGCCCUGACUUCCUUCCGCUGGCCGUGGCUCGCUCGGAAGCUGACGAGAGUGCGGCAACCAAGCGUCUUCGCAUGGACAGCUGGGUCACUUAGAUGAAUGGUCACCGUUAUGCAAAUUCAACUGACGCACUUCCUGGUCUCAGGGUUUCUUAAAGCAAUAAUAACCACAUCCUGCCCCCCCCCCCUCUCAGAAAAAAGGAAAAUCAUUUUCUCUAACAUACCAGAAGAUGCUGAUGAGGAUAUUGCUCUCUAUGAAUUAUCAAAAACAUGUCACUAUUGUUGUGUAUAUAGUACUUUAUCUUUAAUAUAUCAUUUUGGCUGUAAUCAAGUA